UGAAAGGUACGCAGAUCCAGUUGUGAGAUCAUCAACACAUUAACACAUUACCAUGGAAUGUUCUCCAACUGAUGCAACUACGGCACAAAAUGCCAGCGGUUUAAAUGAAGAUUCAACGCAGUCUUUGACUGAGACUACAGGUGCUGCUACCAAUGCCAGCAAAUCAGACGAGAAAGCCAUGCAGAGUUUAAUCGAGGCUGUGAAGAGACGUCGCCGUUCAUCACUAUUCCCCGCCCCCCCAGCAGCGGGGGCUGGGAGCCCCGCAGCCAAGGGGGGCGGUGGCGCCCUGCCAGACCGCAGCACCCGGAGGAGCAUCGGGGGAGCCAGGAGGGAGGUACUAGUAGUAGGAGAAAUGGGGCCUUAUGGCCUAAUGGGCCCCCUGGCGGCUGCCUGGCUGGCAACACCGCAACAAUGA